AUGAAAUUUUAUACAUUGAAAAUAGUUGGUCCUGAGUUAUACAUAUUUGAAAAGAUCAGUGAAUGUGACUUUCCUGUCACUUUUUACGAUUUCCCACAAAUGAGAAAAGCAAUACUACAAUUGGUUAAAUUACGUAUCUCUGUGGAUAAAAACAUCAAGAAAUUAAUAGAUAUUUCACAAGAGUUAGAAUUAGGGUACAAAACACCACUCUCACAGUCAAUAAGUUGGUCAAUGAAGAUUGAAACAUCUCCUAUGUCUGCUCGAAAAUUAAAAUUAGAAGAAUUGAAAAAGAAGAGAAAAUUACCAAAAGAUUUUUAA